CCAUAAACCUCAUCAACCUUCAUACUAAAGCAAACAAAACUUGAAAGAAAAACCAUAUUAUUAUAUACUUACUACUAAUUUUUUGUGUUUAAUGGAAGGAGUUUCAAAUUCCACAAAUGGAAAUGUUGAUCAGAUAAAGUAUAGAGGAAUUCGUAGGAGACCAUGGGGAAAAUAUGCUGCAGAGAUUCGUGAUCCGACAAGAAAAGGAACAAGAAUAUGGCUUGGAACAUUUGAUACUGCUGAACAAGCUGCAAGAGCUUAUGAUGCUGCUGCUUUUCAUUUUCGUGGUCAUAGAGCUAUUCUAAAUUUCCCUAAUGAAUAUCAAGGUCCUAAUUCAUCAACUUCUUCAUUACCUAUGCCUCUUACAGUUCCUAAUCCGAAUCCUAAUCUUAAUCUUAAUCCUAAUACUAAUUCUAAUCCUAAUCUUAAUCCACCUUCUUCUUCAUCUUUUUCUUCUUACUCUGUUGAUGAUAAUUUUGAUUUUGAGUUUUUGGACAAUAAGUUACUUCACGAACUCCUUCAUGAUGGAACACAGUGAUUUACAAGCUACUAUUGAAGAAUAUCAAAUGGAAUGCAAUGUGUUGUUUGAUUAAUUUCUUUUUAUUAAAUUAUUUGGGUUUGUUUAUGUAUGUUAUUCUUAUAAUUAAAUGAGAUUGCGUAUUGGAUUUUUAUAAUAAUUGUAAGAAUUUAGUUGAGAAAGAAGUGAGACGGAUAUUUUUCUCUACUUUAA